GGUCGGGAAGACGUCGAUCUGAGGUGAGCCAGCGGGUUCAACGCACCACCCCUUUCGCGGAUAGUCAUUGUGGAGGAGGACAUGCUAACUUUUGGUAGCCAAAUGGGCUUGGCCUCGAUCUCCGACUCCGUUCUUGAACCACUUGCGGGCCUGACUCCGAUCCCUGUCGUGGAAAAAGAUGUUCCAUUCGAACCCCGAGACCCGAGUCUUAAGCUUUUCUUGGGAAACAAUCAGCUGUCGACGUUUCCCAGCGCUCUUCUCAACCUUCAGCACUUAACCGUGCUCAGCCUUAGAAACAACAAGCUGACCGAACUGCCGCCCGCCAUUGCAAAGUUGACGAAUCUGACAACCCUCAACAUCGCCAACAAUCGGUUGCGCCACUUACCGGGAGAGCUGAUCGAUCUAAUGGAGUGUGCCAGUGGACUUCACACCCUGAAUAUUCACCCUAAUCCUUUUUUCCAACCAAAACACCGGCAAUACAUCCUGGAGGAUGACUUCCUGGAAUACAAAUACGAAUGUCGUACAAGGGGGCGGGGGACUCACGGAUUCCUAGUAGACCGGGACCAGGGCGAAAACUUCACACUCUUCACUACGGCACUACGCGCCCGCACACCGGUCCAAUUCUCCAACAGUGCCGGCCACGUUCUCAGCAAGUUCAUUUUUCCCGAUAUGGCUCAGCGUCUCACGGAUAGCUCGAAACUGCUGGAAACAGAAGACUUUGAGUUCUUGGCCAUGCCGCAAACUGUUAAGCAACACCUUGAAUCGUUGGGGCAGUCGAAGCGGUCUUUCCGACCCAAAGGCCCAUCAUCGCUUCUCGCAACAGCAAUGCGAGUUGCAGCACACUCCAAGGACGCAGAUACACUGCCGGACCUGCUAAGGACUGACGGGUGUCCCUCACAUCUUGCUGAUCCGCUUGAACGUACCAUUACGGUCAGUAAGAUGGGUGGUCAGCAUUGCUCGGUUUGCAAGCGGGAGACACUCUGUCCCGUGACUGAGUGGAUCGAGUUUCGCGAGAUUCGGAGCACGACCGUUGAAAAAACGAUGACUGCUUCAGGCGGAUCAUUCGAGACGCGAAUUAAAUACAUGACUAUCAGCGGGCGCGAAGACGAGGCAUGGGUGCCUUUUCUUCGAAGAGGAUGUUCCUGGGCAUGUACACCCAUCGUUCUAGAUCCUUCAGAUUCAACCCCCCUUACAACCCCAACCGGAAUGUUUUAAGGUGUCCAUGUGAAAUUCUGAAGGAGCGGUCGAUGUUUUACGGCAUUGGGUUUUCUUGACUUAUUGUACCUGUGGUUUGGGUCGGCGGUGUUGGGCGUAUGGCGAACUUAUACGAAGUAACUCAAUUUAGGCAGUGGCUAACAACCAAGUUGUUCUGUGGUUUGGUGCCAUUACAUUUGCUGAUCUCAGACGGUUCAUAUAUUACUUUCAGGACGGUAUAGUUAUUGCAGAGCGUCAGUAGCGAACUAGACAUAUCUAGGAAGAUAUCGCGGUGUCACCUUUAAA